UGUGGACCAAUGUGAAACCAUACGAAUAAGAGCGUGAAUUAACGCAGGCGUACAUGCGAGCACGCACAAUCGCACAAACAGACACACACUAGUGCACAUUUGCACACAGAGUAGUUUUGACACCCAGUUGCCUUUUUGUUAAUGUACGACUUAUUCCACAUCUGCAAAGGUUCAGCAAGAGUUGUCCGUAAUCCAAUUCGUCGAAGUUAAUUGAACCUGUUAUCAAAACAUCUAGUCCAACGACUGUGCCGUUUCUUAUGGCCUCUAUUUUGUGAAUUUUGUUUCGGAUUACGACGGAUACCUGAAUGUUAUGUAUUGGCAAGCUGAACGUGCCGAAAGUCUGUGACAAUAGUCAUAAGGACCUCUCAGAAUAGUGCUCAUUUAGUUGAAAUCACGUACAUUGUCAUAAGAGAGUUACCGAAUAACAUAAUGGCCGGAGAUACUGAGGCCACUUUUGUUCUAUCACUGGAUGAUGAUCUGGAUGACGCUACCCAAGCGAAAGAAAAUACCUUUGAAAUUUCGAUUUCUCUGGUGGACGAUGCCCCUGAACAGAAGGCAAGUACAAUGGACUUGGAACAGCAGUUAUCAUGGUUCCAUGAAUUUCUACAACGGGAAAGGGAGGUGUUUCUUCGAAAGUAUGAAAACCCGUCACAGAAUACUGCUGCCUUGGAUCAAUUUGAGAGAUUAAAAACACUUGGAACUGGCUCUUUUGGCCGUGUGAUGCUCGUUAGACACAAAGUGGAUCAAAACUACUAUGCUAUGAAAAUUCUGGAGAAGCAAAAGGUGGUAAAGCUCAAACAAGUUGAACACACAAUGAAUGAGAAAACAAUUCUUCAGGCCAUUAAUUUCCCCUUUGUUGUCGGCAUGGCCUAUAGUUUCAAGGACAACACCAAUCUGUACAUGGUACUGGAUUUCGUCAGUGGAGGAGAAAUGUUCUCUUAUCUUCGUCGAGUGGGAAAAUUUAGUGAAGAGGAUGCUCGCUUUUAUGCCAGCCAAGUGGUCCUUGCUUUUGAAUACCUCCAUUCUUUCGACCUUGUCUACCGAGACUUGAAACCUGAAAACUUGCUGAUUGAUAGCGCUGGAUAUCUGAAAGUUACCGAUCUUGGUUUUGCAAAACGAAUAAGCGGGCGCACUUGGACGUUGUGUGGAACGCCAGAAUACCUGGCACCCGAAAUUAUUCUUAGCAAAGGUUACAAUAAAGCGGUUGACUGGUGGGCAUUAGGAAUUCUAAUUUACGAAAUGACCUGUGGAUACCCGCCAUUUUUCGCUGAUCAACCAAUUCAAAUCUAUGAGAAGAUUGUCGCCGGAAAGGUCCGAUUCCCGGGGCACGUCAGCAGUGAUCUAAAGAACUUGUUGAAACAACUGCUUCAAACGGAUCUAACCAAGCGAUUCGGAAAUUUGAAAAAUGGUGUUAACGAUAUCAAGUGUCACAGAUGGUUCACUCCGAUUAAUUGGGUUGUUAUCUACCGCAAAGAGGCCACCGCUCCUUUCAUUCCGCCUUGCAAAGGUCCUGGUGAUACAAGCAACUUCGAUGAUUACGAAGAAGAACCACUACGAAUUACAAAUACAAAUUACUGUGCAAAAGAAUUCGCCCAAUUUUGAUAGAUGUUCCAGCAAAAUGUAGCAUGUUUUUUUUUAUUUAUCGAGCCUCUAUCUGCAAAAGCUAUUACUCUUGUACUCUCACUUUUACACAGUUUUGCAUGGCAACUGAGUUUUUUGUCUCACCCGGUUGCCCACUCAUUCAUUGACUAAUGACAAACGCAUGCAAAUACAUGCACCUGCACACGCAAAAAUACACACGGCACAGAGGGAAAAAUUCCCUGCAAAGCUGGGCAGAUCAGAAAUGUAAUUCACUCAUAUUCAGUUUGCGUGAACUUUUGUACAUAAAAGGGCUAUAUUUAUGCAAUUUUGAUCACAUUGCAUUUCAAUUUUUCUCGAGCGUUAGUAAGUAAAAUGUUUUUUGUCUGGAUUUGUCACUUUCCCGAACAGUAUUGAUUGCACUGCUCAGUUAAAAGGCUCUGCGCACCCAUUGAUCUCUGGUUUUUCUCAGUAAACGUAUGCAAGCAUGAAC